AUGGAAGUCACCAAGCAAGAGUACGUUGAUGCUGUUGUCGACAGAAUAUGUCAGUACAUGGACAGGGAAAUGGCAGGCAUAUUGGCACCCAUGUGGACUUAUACAUGGCAGCGCUUUUGGUAUAAUGGAGGCCCAAGAGGUCGUAAAACCGUCGAUGAGAUGAUAAAGGACCAUCGAUAUGCUCUUAGCAGUCGUCUUUACGUUCACAGUGCGGCAACAUGGCUUCGCAUAGCUUUUGACACAGUUCUUGCUCGCGGGAAAGAGGUGAUCUCCUUGGACGAGUACAGUUUGUUUCUGAAAUGCUUCGAUGUUCACCCGUUGUCGGCCAAAUUUGCCUUUCACUCCCUUGACACAAACCACGACAAUUUGCUCAGUAAGGAGGAGUUUAUCAAUGGUGGAAGGUUGUUUUUCACUGCGUCUAAUUCUACAGUGGGUGAUCAUUUCUGGGGCCCAAUGUUGGCUUAG